AUGAAUAAAAGGAUAUUUAGUUUAGUUUGUAUCAUCUUGUAUGUCCUUUUGACUGUAUCAAUACAUUGCUCGGAACAGAAAAGUGAUCGAUCUAAGGCAUUUGCUGUAGGAAAUAAAAGGGUUCGUGGUACCAAAGAAAAAAACAAAAGGAACGAAAAAAAUGAUAUAGAACUUCAACGAGAAAACCAAUCAAAUAAUAACAGUAACAAAAGUAAUAAUCAUGAGAUAGUUGAUAGUAUUACUUAUUACCGUAAGUUCAAGGGUAAAUUGCGCAAGCGAGAAUCAUACUGUUGUGGUUUGUUUUAUUUAGAAGGUGAUGAUUUGUAUUAG